UCACGUGUUUUUCGAUGUGACGGUUAUUGUUUUAUUGUUAUUUUUCGUUUGUAAACACACCAUCGCGGUGGUUUGUUUUCUUGUUUGCGCCGGUUACAAGUCCGCCGUGGGAACGCCGGUCGUGUUCGGCUUUCACUUUCCACGCGUUUAUGGAGCUGGUUGGCAAAAACGUAACUGGUUUCCACCGCGGUGUAGGUGUUAUGCAAUUGGGUACAGCGCGCGCCGGCCGGACGGGGUCGUGGAGAUCGUGUGCUCUCAUUAACCGUCAUCGUCGUGUACACGCAGCGAUACGGCUCUUAAGUCUUAUGGUGUGCACGCACACACACACACAUACACACAAAAACGCAGAAAACAAUCAAACGUGCACUACUCUCCAAGUAGUGUGUUUGCCGGCGCAAAAUGAACUCCGUCUACGGCUGUUGUGUACUGCUGGUCGUCGCCAUCGACUCGGGUGCUUUGACAGUUGCUGCAUUGAAGGAUCAACCCCGCACCGCUGGAAUUGCACCAACCCAGGCCAAGAGACAAUCUAACCAAGAAAAUGUCGAUUUUGACCCACAACAAAUUCCACAAGAGUACUUGGAAUAUUUACAACAAACAAACGCUGCAAACAAUCCAGUAACGCAAAAAUCACGAUUUGGCCAACAGAAUCCGCAACAGUCUUUCAUCCCCCGAGUACUGAACAAUGUUUUUCCGCCCACGACGACUACUACUCUGUCGCCGUUUGCCGCCGAACAAGUCAGGAUUCAACAGGAAUACGCAAGCCAGCGGUUCAUAGAACAACAAAGGUUGUCCCUCAGACAAAGGCCGCUUAUCCAGUCGUUGCUACAGCAGUCACAAUUCCAACAGUUGCCAGACGACCAACGGUUCCAAACCCAAACGGCACUGCCUCGACAGCAGUUUCAAGUACAACCGCAAUUCCAAAGUCAGCCGGUAACAGGUCAGUCUCAGUUCCGAGCCCAGCCACAGCAACAGGUUGCUCAACAACAAUUUGAUCAGAGUCAGGAUUUGGAAUCCCAGCGAAACCUUCAAUUCCCAUCGCAGAACGACGAAUCGUUUUCUUUCGCUCAGGUCCGGUUCGGGCCGACCGAAGCAUCUCAGCUCCAGCAACCAGCGCCGGCCGAACCCUUGUCCGAAAGCACGCGGUCCAAAGGUCAAAGGUCGGUUUCAAAGCCGCUAGCCUACAACAUUCCGGAUCCCGUGUCAGCCCAGCAGUCCCUCGAAUACGCCACAAUCAACCCGGUCUUGUUGAACGCCCGCCUGUUGCAGAACGUGGUGAACGUACACCAUAACGGUCAGAUGACCAAGCCCACCGAGGAGACGGGACAGGUGGUCUACAUACCUAAAAAGAAAUUCUACUCCAGUGCCCCCGUCUCCGGCACCGUGGCUCCCGUCAGGGCCACCACCGCCAAUCGCGUAGCUCAGACCGACGACGCCGUGGUGAUUCCAAAGCCCAAGUACGUGCCGCAGCAACAGCAGAGGCCGGUGCAGCGACCGCGCCAGGAGGGUCGCAAAGCCAGCAGACCGCAGCCGCAAUCAUCCGUUUCGGCGACCGAACCGCCGGCGACCAGGUCACCGCCCGCCGAGUUGUUGCCCGACAAUUUCCUCACUUCGCUGCUGAAGCAAUUCCAAAACCAAGCGGAGCUCACGUCCGCGGCGCCGGCCAAGGUUCGCGGUGGGCAGAGGUCGAACGCGGCCGUCGACAGCGACACGCCGACCAGGUACAUACCCGACAAGAGUCAGUUGCAGCUGUUGCAGUUCGCCGACGAGCAGAAGUCGCUCAGCCGAUCCGAGCUGAAAACGCUGGACGACGCCGGUAUUCAGCUGCAGCCCGCCGGCGACAAAUCCAGACAAUUCGCCUACAAGAGCCGCCCCGUACCGCAGCCGGUCGAGCUCGACGACCACCAAAGACGGUACUUGGCGUCGCAAGGCAUACGCAAUUUGUACAGGGUCGACUACGACGAAUCCGGUAACGCGUUGCCGCUGACCUACGUGUUGGCGCUGGACGCUCGUCCGAAACGAACCGAGCAACAAAAACGAUGAUCUUUCUAUCUCUCAAUACAAAUUUCAUUCGUUUUGUAUAACCCGCCGUGUUCGUCAUGAACCCGCGUGACGUCACACGUGUCAACGAGUCAGGGGCGUAGAAGUGUUUGCGUUAACGUUGGCAACACUUCCGCGAUGAUGGUUGCCAAUUACUGUGCCUGACGGGUUUACCCAAAUUUUAGAACGUAACGGUCGCCUGGGGUCAGGAUGAACAGGACGGAUUAUAUAAUCGGAUUGUGUUACAUGUGCCUAUUUUUGUAGAUUAUUGAUAAAAUUACUCAAGUUGUACAGGGCGACUGCAUAACUAUGACCCAGUCAAAAUAUUAAAAGAUACCAGUCUUUUUCAAAUUAUUUAUUUCCAUACUUUUAUGAUUAUAAUAAGUCAGACUGAAUUUGAUAUGUUUUUCAACAAUUUGAUCCCCAUUCAUUAUGUGUUAAAGCCUCAUGAGCUUAAGAUUUCAAAAUGGUAAUGUAUAAUAUAUUAUCAACCAGUUUUAAAUAAUUACUUAGGUUAAAGUUAUUUAAGUUUAAAUUUAGGAAGGAAGGUGAAGUGCGGUUGAGUAACCGUUUAAAAAUCUUAAGGUUUUAACGCAUAAGGUAUACUAAAGUAGACUUAACCCUAUGGGGUUAAUUUUUUUAAAAAAUCUAUCAAAAUUGAGGCACUAAUUAACUAUAAUUUUUAAAUUAUAAAAUGCCUUCUCAAAAGUAUCGGCUAGGUCAUAGUUAACCAACCACCCUAUAUAAUUUGUUUUAUAAUUGUAAGUAACGAGAAAUAUAAAAUUAUUUAUUACUAUUGUUAUAGAUAUAGAAAAAUUACCAUAAUAUUUCUACGAAUAAACUAAUUGUUAUUAUCUUUUUAA